GUCAUACGUUCUGGUCACUGCGCUCCUUAAAGUCACCAUUUUUCUGGUCCUGCAGUGUUCUGCUAUUUUUUUUUUUUUUGAAGGAAUGAAAAUUCAAUCUCACUUAAGCCGGAUUCAGAAAAUAGGUCAUCGAUGAAACAUCUAUAUGGAUUAUUUCAUUACAACUCCAUGAUGCUUGGUCUUGAAUCGCUUCCGGAUCCCACAGACACCUGGGAAAUUAUAGAGACCAUUGGUAAAGGCACAUAUGGCAAGGUCUACAAGGUCACUAAUAAGAGAGAUGGGAGCCUGGCUGCAGUGAAAAUUCUGGACCCCAUCAGUGAUAUGGAUGAAGAAAUUGAGGCAGAAUACAACAUUCUGCGGUUUCUUCCGAAUCACCCCAAUGUUGUAAAGUUUUAUGGGAUGUAUUACAAGGCAGAUCACUGUGUGGGAGGACAGCUGUGGCUGGUCCUGGAGCUUUGUAACGGGGGCUCUGUCACUGAGCUGGUCAAAGGCCUUCUCAGGUGCGGCCAGAGACUGGAUGAAGCCAUGAUCUCCUACAUCUUGUAUGGGGCUCUCUUGGGCCUUCAGCAUUUGCACAACAACCAAAUCAUCCACCGGGAUGUGAAGGGGAACAACAUUCUUCUGACGGCAGAAGGAGGAGUCAAGCUUGUUGACUUUGGUGUCUCAGCUCAACUUACCAGCACACGAUUAAGGAGAAACACAUCAGUUGGCACCCCGUUCUGGAUGGCCCCUGAGGUCAUUGCUUGUGAGCAGCAGUAUGACUCUUCCUAUGACGCUCGCUGUGACGUCUGGUCCUUAGGGAUCACAGCCAUUGAACUGGGGGAUGGAGACCCUCCCCUCUUUGACAUGCAUCCUGUGAAAACUCUCUUUAAGAUUCCGAGAAAUCCUCCGCCUACCUUACUGCAUCCAGAAAAAUGGUGUGAGGAAUUCAACCACUUUAUUUCACAGUGUCUUAUUAAGGAUUUUGAAAAGAGGCCUUCUGUCACGCAUCUCCUCGACCAUCCAUUUAUUAAAGGAGCUCAUGGGAAGGUUUUAUUCCUGCAAAAACGGCUAGCCAAGGUGCUCCAAGAGCAGAAGCAGCUAAACUCUGCUGUUAAAAUCAGGCAUGAGAGGAUGCAUACCAGGGGACCCUAUCAUGUGCAGGAUGCUGAAAAAUACUGCCUCGAGGAUGAUUUGGUCAAUCUCGAGGUCCUGGAUGAGGAAACAAUUAUUCAUCACUUGCAGAAGCGUUAUGCAGACUCACUGAUUUACACAUAUGUUGGAGAUAUUCUAAUUGCCUUAAACCCCUUCCAAAAUCUAAGCAUCUACUCUCCACAGUUUUCCAGGCUCUAUCAUGGGGUGAAGCGCAUCUCGAAUCCCCCCCACAUAUUUGCAUCAGCAGAUGCUGCUUACCAGUGCUUGGUUACUUUCAGCAAAGACCAGUGCAUUGUCAUCAGUGGAGAAAGUGGCUCAGGGAAGACGGAAAGCGCCCACCUGAUUGUUCAGCAUCUGACUUUCUUGGGAAAGGCCAAUAAUCAGACUUUGAGAGAGAAAAUUCUACAAGUCAACUCCCUGGUGGAAGCCUUUGGGAAUGCAUGCACGGCCAUCAAUGACAACUCAAGCCGUUUUGGAAAAUAUCUGGAAAUGAUGUUUACACCAACCGGAGCUGUGAUGGGGGCAAGAAUCUCUGAAUAUCUCCUUGAGAAGUCCAGAGUUAUAAAACAGGCAACGGGAGAGAAAAAUUUUCACAUAUUUUACUAUAUUUAUGCUGGUCUUUAUCACCAAAAGAAACUUUCUGAGUUCAAACUUCCUGAGGAAAAACCUCCUAGGUACAUAGCUGAUGAAACUGGAAGAGUCAUGUAUGACAUAAUUUCCAAGGAGUCUUAUAGAAGCCAGUUUGAAGCAAUUCAGCAUUGUUUCAGGAUUAUUGGAUUCUCUGAAAAGGAGGUGCACUCCGUGUACAGAAUUCUGGCUGGGAUUUUGAAUAUCGGGAACAUUGAAUUUGCAGCUAUUUCCUCUCAACACCAAACUGAUAAAAGUGAGGUGCCCAAUCCUGAAGCUUUGGAAAAUGCUGCUUCUAUUCUCUGCAUCAGCCCCAAAGAGCUGCUGAAGGCCCUCACAUCCCACUGUGUGGUCACCCGGGGUGAGACCAUCGUCCGCGCCAACCCUGUGGACAGGGCCGCGGAUGUUCGGGAUGCCAUGUCGAAAGCUCUGUAUGGGAGGCUCUUCAGCUGGAUUGUGAAUCGCAUCAAUACACUCCUGCAGCCAGAGAAAAACAUAUGUCAUUCAGGUAAUGGAAUGAACGUGGGAAUCUUGGACAUUUUUGGAUUUGAGAACUUUCGGAGGAAUUCAUUUGAGCAGCUCUGCAUAAACAUCGCCAAUGAGCAAAUCCAGUACUAUUUCAAUCAGCAUGUCUUUGCUCUUGAGCAGAUGGAGUACAAGAACGAGGGCAUUGAUGCCAUGCCUGUGGAGUAUGAGGACAAUCGCCCACUCCUGGACAUGUUCCUCCAGAAGCCCCUGGGCCUGCUUGCACUUUUAGAUGAGGAGAGUCGGUUUCCCCAAGCAAGGGACCAGACCCUGGUUGAUAAAUUCGAAAAUAAUUUACGAUGCAAGUAUUUCUGGAGGCCCAAAGGAGCGGCGCUGUGCUUUGGCAUUUGGCAUUACGCUGGAAAGGUACUAUAUGAUGCUUCUGGGGUUCUUGAGAAAAACAGAGACACCCUCCCUGCUGAUGUGGUUAUAGUCCUGAGAACGUCAGAAAACAAGCUUCUUCAGCAACUCUUCUCCAUCCCUUUGACCAAAACAGGUAAUUUGGCCCAGACAAGAGCCAAGAUAAUAGCAGCCUCAAGAUCUUUGCCUCCACAUUUCAGUUCUGGGAGAGCUAAGGUGGACACCCUGGAGGUGAUGCGGCAUCCGGAAGAAAGCACCAACAUGAAGAGGCAAACCAUGGCUUCUUACUUCCGGUAUUCUCUGAUGGACUUGCUCUCCAAAAUGGUGAUUGGACAGCCCCACUUUGUGCGUUGCAUUAAACCCAAUGAUGACCGAGUGGCCCUGAAGUUCUCCCGAGAGAGGGUCCUCACCCAGCUCCGCUCCACGGGCAUCCUGGAGACCGUCAACAUCAGAAGGCAGGGUUAUUCCCACCGCAUCCUCUUCGAAGAGUUUGUGAAAAGGUAUUAUUACUUGGCAUUCAGAGCACAUCAAACGCCUCCUGCUAGUAAAGAGAGCUGUGCUGCUAUCUUGGAAAAGUCCAAAUUGGAUCACUGGGUACUGGGGAAAACAAAGGUUUUUCUCAAAUACUACCACGUCGAGCAAUUAAAUCUGCUACUGCGAGAAGUCAUAGGCAGAGUGGUUAUCCUACAGGCGUAUACCAAGGGGUGGCUUGGAGCCAGGAGAUACAAAAGAGUCAGAGAGAAGAGAGAGAAGGGUGCCAUCACCAUCCAGUCAGCCUGGAGAGGAUAUGAAGCUCGGAGCAAAUUUAAGAAAAUAAGCAACAGAAGGAGUGAGUCUGCUGCUCAUAUUCAAGCAGGUCUGAGGGUUGCUCCUGAUCUGAAAAGCCACCCAGAAGUAGAAUCUGACUAUGACUAUUCAGAGACUUCAAGCUACUCUCCUGAUGUCACUAAGAAAAAUUGGCAUUCACGGGCCCAGAGUUCUCCAAAUGGGUUUGGUGUCUUCGAAAGACCUGCGAAUAAGAAUUCAGUGGCUGGAACUAAGGCACUGACUUCUUGGACACAUCGUGCUACCCCAGAUCACCAAGAACUGAGUCCCUGUGAAGCUCCUUGGAAACCUGGUUCAGAAGAUGGUCUUGCACAGAAGCAGCGAACACCUCGCCGACGCUGUCAGCAGCCCAAAAUGUUGAGUAGCCCUGAGGACACCAUGUACUAUAACCAGUUAAAUGGAACUCUAGAAUAUCAAGGGAGCAAGAGGAAGCCAAGAAAACUUGGCCAUCUCAAAGUGCUGGAUGGGGAAGACGAAUACUACAAGUCUCUGUCCCCAGUGGCUGGUAUCCCUGAGAAUAUCGCAGCCCACCUUUUCUUUUUUUCUUCAUCCUCAAAGGGAAAUUCUUUUGCUCAACACUGAGUUGCACUUCCUGGCCCCAAAUCUGCCCAAGGUUCUAUGAAUGGACUUGCCACCAAUCCUCCUGAGGAAAGGCCUUACAAACUGCAUUUUUAGUCAAUGAAUAAAUUUGGCACAUCAUAAUAAUGGAUUAUUGUGUAACUGUUAGAAAUUAAGAUUUCGUUAACUAUGUAAAACCAGGGAGAAAUCUUUAUGGUAAAAGAAUAUAAAAGGCUGUGUGUGAUGUACACUCUGGUUUCCAUAGUUCAAGGACAGGUGUGGAGCAUAGCAGGUAAUGGAUAGACUUCCCACGGCGAGAAGAUGGAUUCCAACUCUUCUGUUUUCAUUGGAACUUCUGAAAAUUACAAAAAAAACAAGGGCUGUGUGAGACUUGAGAGUGGACUGAUGUAAGAGAGAAGCAAGAAAAUUUAGACCAGAAUACGUGGGGGCCUGUGCCUUUGUAGGGUCACCACCUACCCACAGUGCAGCCUCAGCCUGGCACGCUUCAGGACUCAAUUUCUUCAGACUAUCAUGUGAUAUUCUGGCUCUGGAUGAUUGAUCAGUGCAAUCUAAAAGUUUUCAUCAUGUUUUAAGUCAAGAUCUUUUUCUUCCUGUGAAGUGUGAGGAAAGCCUGGGAGAAAGUCUGUGAAACAGUUCUGCAGGGCGGAGCUGCUCCCAUGGAUUCUUCAACCCCUGAUCCCUGAGACACCUCUGCUGCCCUCCUGAGCUUUUAGGAGAGCUGAAACCUCUCUUUCUAAUCUUUCAGAUGAUGAAUGAAUAAAACAGAAAGGGAAUUUAUUGUCAGUAGGAAAAUCUAACCACACUCCAAGUUAGGAUGAGUGUUUGGAGAGGCUGAAGUCCAUGAGGUAGAGGAGCCAUAGGAAGGUUCUCAAGUGCUGGCUGGGAGGCUCUGCAUUACAGCCACCCAGGCCAUGCAUGGAAAUGUUGAGUCCCAAGCCUUUAGCCAUGAUGACUGAUCAGUGUUCAAGGUGGGUGCAGGCCUCUGCACUCUCAAGGGGCCCUGUCUGAAGUGAGCCAGUGUGCAGUUAGGAUAACUGGGCAUCAUCUCCAUUGGCGGCUCUCUGCUCAGGGGAGUUUUCCUGAAGACAGAGAAAACCCUGCCUCAGUCAGGCCAACUGAGCCUCAUCUGCCCAUGACUGACAAAUACUCCAUCCUCCAAAAUUCUUGCCCAUUCUCUACCUCCAUCACCACAAUCUUCUGACCUUACAACAGUGUCUUAGGAAAAGCAAAACACCACUAAUUAGAAUCCUGUUCAUCUUAGUUAGUCUUAUCAGUCACAUUUGCAGAUCAUUUCUUAUGGCAGUUUGAGAAACUUCCAAAGAUAUACAACCAUUUCAUAAAUAUUUAUAUUUUAAUUUCAGACGAACUUACUUUCUUAUUAUGUUCCCAAUUUUGCCUAUAUGCUCUACUUGAGUUCUGAAAAAUCUCUAUAUAUUAAUAAAAAUCAAUAAAGUCAAAAUUGAACUGCUCCUGGGCGUGGUGACACAUGCUUGUAGUCCCAGCAGCUUGGGAGGAUCACAAGUUCAAAGUCAGCCUCAGCAAUGGAAGGUGCUAAGCAACUCAGUGAGAACCUGUCUCUAAAUAAAAUACAAAAUAGGGCUGGGGAUAUGGCUCACUGGUCAAAUUCCCCUGAGUUCAAUCCCUAGUACUCCCCCCCACCAAAAAAAAGAGAUUGAAUUCCUAAUAGAAAACAAGAAUAAAAUACUUCAAAAUUCCUUUCUUUUCUGGUAUUCUCUUUUCUUUAACUCACAUCAAAAGUUCUAAGGAAAGGUAAUGACCAUGGUACUGAUUUUUUAUUUUGCUUCUGACGGUUAAAUUCAGGGCCUAAAAUUUUGCAUUAAUUACAUUAUUCUUUUGAUAAUAAAAGAGAUGCGGCUGAUUCUUUGAAACAGUUGUGGCCAGAUGGAAAUAUAAUGCCAAUAUGACAGUAUCUAUGAAAGUCGUUGGAUUGACUGCUCUGGGGACCAGAACUUGAGAUUUCUCUGCAGAACAGAACAUAAGCAAAUGAAGGUUUUAGCUGUGGUUGCCCACACUCUGUCACUGAGCCUCAGCCCUGUCCUGCUGGGGCCACCAGCACCAGGUGGAAGAGCAAUUUGGUCUCCUCUCGACUUAAUCCGCUCCUGUCUGUGGAGACCUCACCGAGGUGCCAACUGUAAGGAUGGCUCUGGGUUUCAAACACCUGUCCACUAGGAGCUGGACUUCUACCCCCAACUUCCUUUCAAGCAGCCACAAGGCAGACAUCAGAUGGUGGCAACUUCUGGUCCCUCCUGAGAGGAUUGGUUCCAUGGUGUCCCACGGCUCCUUGCUACAGUUUCACCAUUUUCUGGGUAUUUAUUCGAGUGUGUAAUUUUGAAUGUAGACUAAAAGCGCGAGCGAAAUCUUCUUUGGAAAGCCAUACAGAAUCAUAUGGACAACAGGGCUGCGCUUUCCUUCUGUCUGAUUCCCACAGCCAUCCUUUAACCUCUUGUAUUUGGGUGGGUUUUUUCUUUAAUUUGAUUAAUAUUAAUUCUGUGCAUCAUCCUAAAUAUUUAUGAACUAUUUUAAUCCUCAUAACCGUAGAAAGUAAGUACUGUGAUUACACAUAUCUUAGAGAUGAAAAAAUGAGGCAUGGGGAGGUUAAGUGUCCAAAGUCACAAAGUAAUAAGUGGAGCAGCUGGGAGCCAGGCAUUCUGACCCCAAAAUCUGGGCGGAAGGUAUUCUUUUCCACAUUUUCCAGAUAAAUACUCCAAGGGGCGAGAAAGUACUUGGUCUACCACUUCACACUCUUGUCUCUUCUAAUUGUGAGUCCUAAUUUAUUCGCUUUUACAGACUUCAGGAUGACAUGUUGCUGCCCUUGUUUGCAUCCUCCCAGCCUGUGGUGUCUUACUCAGAUGGAGCUGAGCAAACUCCUGAGGAAACUAAGGGCCUUGCAACUCCCAGCAGGAGCAAGUCAGGGACUGACCCCGGGCUCCACCUUCUGCAGAGGCUUCCUGAAUAAGCAGCAGAUCAGGACCUCCCCAGGGACUUACCAGGCUUUAAAUCCUUUCCUGCUACUCACACUAACAGGACUCUGGUUCAUUCAUUUGUUCAACAUAUAUUUAAUGAAGACUGAAAAGUACCAUGCUAGGUACCAGAGAUGCAGCAGCAAGCAGGACACCAAGCCCCUGCCUUUAAGGAGCUCUCAAGUAUAAACAGAUGGAGGCAAACAUAUAAAAAGGCAAUUCCAAUGUCCAGGAGAACUGGCAUAACAGUAAUGGGCAUAAUGGGCAACCUAGCGUGUUGAGGAGCAUAGGGAAGGGGCAAAACCAGUAGAAGGUUUUCAGGAGAAAGUGCCACCCAUCCUUAGACCUUAGCACCAUAGUAAGUCAUCAACACAAGUUCAUGUAGGCUUAUGUGUAGGAUCUGAGACAUCCAUUGUAAUAGUCAUUGAGGAGUUUUAAGCCAAGAAUUGGCAAUAUCCAGUGUGAUAAUAAGCACCAAUUUAUUGAGCUGUGUAUUAAUCCUCUACAUAUCUUAUGCAUUCGUUACAUAAUACAUGUUAAAACACUGUGAGGUUGGUGUCACUGCCCCAUUUUAUAGAUGAGAUACUAAGGCAUAGUAAGGUUAAGCCAUUAAGUGGCAGGGCCAGGAUUUGAAUCCAGGCAGCCUGACUCUGGCAUCUGUGUUCUUAUGCAUUCUGAUAUACAACCAACCUUGUCACAAAGAGGAUUUAAUAAAUAGUUGAGACAUUUGGUAGCCACUUUUUUAUUUUCCCCUAGUCCAAGGGUUGCUAGCCUUGAUUCUCAUGGGAGUCACCUAGGAAGCUUUUAUAAAAGUGAAAUAAAUGAAAAAAUACACACACACACACACACACACUCAUACAAAGUACAAAUAUUUACAGAGACCUAAUUUAUAAUAACCCCAAACUGGAAAUAAUCAAAAAGUCCUUUAUUGGGUGAAUCAAUAAAUAAUGGUGUGUCCAUACAAUGGAAUGCUAAGCAGGAAUAAAAAGGAGCAACUGAUACACACAACAAUUUGAAUGGCUCUCAAGGGGAUUAUUUUGAGUGGGGAAAAAAAAAAGCCAGUGUCAAAAGGUUACAUACUAUACAAUUUCAUUUCCAUAACAUUCUCAAAAUGAUAAAAUUGGAGAGAUGAACAGAUUAAUGAUUGCUAGGGGUUGGUGAUAGAAUGUGAAGUGUAGAUUUGACUAUAAAGGGGUAAUAGGAAGGAGUCUUGCAAUAAAGCAAUAUUUCUGUGUCUUUAUUUCAGCAGUGGUUACAAAAAUCUACACAUGUGAUAAAAUGACCUAGACUAUACACAUAUAUUAAUGUCAAUUUCCUGAUUUUGAUAUUCAACUAUAGUUAGAUGUGAUCAUUGGGGGACGCUGGAUGAAGGGUACAUGGGACAUGUCUGUAUUUUAUAACUUCCUGUAUAUCUGUAAUUACUUUAAUGUAAGAGGUUGUUUUUGUGUUUGUGGUGCUGGGGAUCAAACCUGGGGUCUUUGCAUAUUAAACUUACACUCUACCACGAAGGAAACCUCCCAGACCUUCAAUGUAAAAGUUUUAAAAGAAAAGAAAAAAUAAAAAAAAGCAGUGCCUAGGCCUCACAGAUUGUGAUUUUCUUAGUAUAAACGAGGCCUGGAUUAUUGAUAUGUUUGAAAUCUCCUCAGUGAUUUUCACCUGCAGCCAGAUCUAAGCACCUCUGAGCUAGUGCCCAGAAUCCCUAGGGUUGGAGGCACUCUUGGAGAGCCCUAGCUGCCAACUGGCAGAGGACAGGUCCCUGAGAAGCCAGGACACCAGACAUAUCC